CAAAAUUUUAAAGUUGUCGGUUACUGGACUACAUUCGGCUAUCUAUGGCUGGAUUAAUUCCGCAACCCCCACGAUUUACCCAUGAAGAGUGGACUUAUAGCAACAAUUUAAAGUAUCGUAGUGCAGAGAGGGAACGCGAAGUAUCACAAGGACUUCAAAAUGAGUGCGACCGACUCAUUGAAGAAACGGCCAGACGCACUGAAAGAACACUAAAAGAUGUAGAGAAAAAGUUUGAUCAAAGGAUUGCUGAUAUCAAAUACUGGAAAUCAGAAGUCAAUAAGAAACUGCAGGAUACUACGGAAGAAACGAAAAUAUUAGAUGAUUACUUUAUCCGAUUGAAAAAAACACUUGAGGCAACUGAAGAGCCUCUUCACUUUGCUCAACAAUGUUUACUUAGUCGUGAGGGAAGAACAGGUAUUGAUCUUGUCCAUGACGAUGCGCAAAAGGAGCUCAUAAAGGAGAUAGAAGUAAUUAAAGGCGCCCAAGCAAUCUUACAGAGGACGCUUGAGCAAGCCAAGGAACAGCUAAGAUUAAAUCGUAAAGCAAUUUAUAACAUGAAAAAGGACUCUUCUGAUAAGGUGCAAGCUCAAUGUCUUGAUGAAUAUGCUCUUAGUUUAAAGCCAACUGAUGAAUCACUACCUGGAUUUACUCCGGGACCAAAAAUUGAGCCAAAUUCUUUUACUCAAGAAGAAUGGCAAACAUUUUCAGUUAACUCAAUAGAAAAUGGUGAUAGACAAUUGCAAACUUCACAUGAAUUAAGAAGUCUUAUUGAUGGAAUUAUACAACAAGUGGCAUCUGACAUAACACGUCAAAUUGAAGCAACUAAUCGUGCUUUGAACAAAAGAAUUUCGGAAACUAGAAGCUCUAAAGCUAAAUUAGAAGAACAUUUGAGUGCAGUUAUCAAAGAAAUUUCAAAUGUAGAAGAUACACUUCGUGAAUUGGAAAAGGCUAUCAAAGAUAAAGACGGUGCUCUGCGUCUAGCUGGAACUCGUUUAGGUAUUCGUAGAGAAAGACCGAAUGUUGAAUUAUGUCGAGAUCCAGCAAAUUAUCGAUUAAUCCAAGAAGUAGAAGAGAUUCAAGGUGAUAUUGAUCAACUUAAAGAAAAGGUUCAUGCAGCACAUACCUCCUUAAAAGCUUUAUGUCGUCGUCAGUUGGAUUUAGAAGAAGAAAUUCAAAUUAAGGCUGCGACUUUAUUUAUUGACGAAGUACAAUGCAUGGGUAUACGCGGAAGUAUAAAAUUUAGUGCAUUUUAAUCCAUAAACAAGUAUUUAUGUGUACAAUAUGACUAAUAUGCUUUUAUUCAACAAAAUCAAAAUCAAGCACUUCCUAGAUAUACCGCCAGUUUACAAAUAAACAGAUACAUGCUACUUAUUAUUCAUACCUCAGUGAACAAAACUUCUUGUGAUAAAUAUAUAUUCUUGUUUUAGUGACAUUAACAAUAGGGCUUUCAUGAUAUCCUACUUAUAUCUGUUGUUGAGUUACGAAAGAACGAAUAUUUUCUAUAAAAUAGAGAAUUACGUACAUCUGCUUUUGAAAGGUUGUUCUAUUUAAACAAUUAUAUGAAACGCUGAAAAUAGCAGGUCAGAAUAAUCUCCAGUUUAUGAUAAUUUAUCAGCAUUAUUGCUUGAUUUUACUUUAAAAUAACUUGCACUUUAUUGAGUUGUAGACUUCCUAAUUAUAAAAAUGAACUUUCU